CAAGCCCACAUUGAAAAAGCUCCACACGGAUUACAUCACGCGCGGCGUGAGGAUAUAACGGAGUCUCCGCUUUCUGCGCGAGACAACCGGAGCAUCAUGCCGAGCGUGCGCACGCGGAGCGCAAGGACAGGUCUGUUCGCCACGCAGCUCAAAGCGCACGACUCCUCCUAAUAUUAAAAUAACAACAAUAAAAGAAAAAAAGCACUGAUGCUGCGAACACGGCUGCAUUUUUUUCAUGAUGGGCAACUGUGAGUUUUGAAGACGCUCAAGACGCAGUUUGGAUAAGGCUCACGCGUAAUUACGCACAAGAAAUCCCAGCUCCCUGCGCGCGCCGGUCUCGCAGUUUUGGACCGUCAUGGUUACGGCACAGCCGUUUGUAACCGUCUACUUGAUGGUGCUGUCACUCGGACUCCAGAUGGACAAAGGGGUUUGUCAGCACUACUAUCUUCUGCGCCCCAUCCCGAGCGACAGCCUUCCUCUUGUGGAAUUAGAAGAGGAUCCCGACCCCCUUUUUGACCCCAAGGAGAGGGACCUGAACGAGACAGAGCUGAAAAGCGUCUUGGGAGAUUUUGACAGUCGCUUUAUGUCCGUCUCACCACCGGUGGACGACAAAUACACCGGGAAUGAUGAACUGGAUGAGUCUGAGAUCCUUAAGCCCGGCGGAGUACUUCCCAAGGAGAUCAGAGCGGUGGAUUUUGAUGUCCAGUUCGGCAAAAAACACAAACCGAGCAAAAAGCUGAAGCGCAGGCUACAGCAGUGGCUGUGGGCGUACUCCUUCUGUCCGGUCGCAUACACCUGGACCGACCUGGGAAAUAGAUUCUGGCCACGAUUCGUGCGUGUCGGCAGCUGCCUCAGUAAGAGGUCGUGCUCGGUUCCGGAGGGGAUGGUGUGCAAACCUGCAAACUCGACCCACUUGACGAUUUUGAGAUGGAGAUGCCUGCAGAGGAAAGGAAGACUGAAGUGCGCCUGGAUCCCGGUCCAGUACCCGAUCAUCACAGAGUGCAAAUGCUCCUGUUCCACUUAAAUUCUGACAUGACUCAUUCAGCGAUUUAGUUCUCACGUGCACUACCCAGUGUAGGAAUGUAUUUGUUUUAUAUAUCUCCGUGUACAAAGCCAGUAUUAUUUGUAACGAGAGUUUAUUUGUGGACAACAACUGAUAUAAUUUGUAUUUAUGCAGAAGGCGCAGAGCGUGUUUGGCGCGACCUCAGACCAAGCGUGGAUUAUUGAUCGGUGACUUGUUUCAUCAUGUAAAUUACAUAAAUUGCUAUUUAUUCUUUAUAUUCAUGCAAUAAAAGGACACGGAUAUUAUGUACAUGCA